GUAAACGCUGACUUCUUUUAUCGCGCCCAUUUCUUGCCCUGAUAAGAUAUGAGCAGUCAUAUGGCUCACUCUAAGUCUUUAGAGUGUCUUACGUGCUAUUUAUUAUCGGAAAUCCAUUGUUUUAAUUGUAAAUAGUUUUCCUAGUGCUUUAAAGUAAUGGUGCAGUGCUUCGGUGUGAGUUUGUGGGAUGUAUUAAAAUUUUAUAUGCAAUAUGAGUGAUAUGGCUGGAGGAGUUAUGCAUGCUGCAAGGUUCACGGAGAUGGCUGCGAGUGGGGAGGCGCCCCGCAGCCGCUCCUCAUCCUGGUCCUCAUGGCGACGGCCUAGCCGGCUGCCUACACCUGAACCACGGUUAUCCUUGCAGUAUCAGACUGAUGAAAACAGCUUCUUGCUUCGCUUGCGGAUCAUAGGAGCGUAUUCAUUGGCCAAAAAGGACAUCUUCGGUGCCAGCGACCCGUAUGUGCGUGUGGAGCUACAGAAGGUGGACGGUGACGUCACCAUAGAGACGUUUCUCACUAAGACUAAGAAAAAGACACUAAACCCGGUAUGGAACCAAGAGUUCGUGUUCCGCGUGAAGCCUUCGGAGCACAAGCUCCUCAUCCAGGUGUUCGACGAGAACCGGCUGACCCGCGACGACUUCCUCGGCAUGGUGGAGGUGCCGCUGGCGGGCGCGCCGGCGGAGUCCGCCGCCAGCCCGAGGCCUCCGCCGGUCAAGUACGCGCUCCGACCGCGCAGGUCCGUUGCCCGUUCCAGAGUCCGUGGCCACAUAGAAGUGUACAUGGCGAUCGUAGGACACGGCACAGAGACAGAGGAGCCCCGGCCAGACGAUUGGGAAAUGGUCGAGCCCAGUCCGCAAGUCGGCAAUGUGCAACCGGUGGUGGGAGGAGACCCGCUGCCGCCGGGCUGGGAGGAACGUCAGGAUGCCAACGGACGCACGUACUACGUGAACCAUGUUGCCCGGUCCACUCAGUGGGAGCGUCCUAGUGUGGGCUUUACGCGUAACAUGAGCACAGAAUCGCAGAAUGAGCGCAUGGAAAACGCAGCCACGGAGUUCCAGCGGCGAUUCCAUAUCUCGCACGACGACGCAAGCACGCAGCGAGCGCAGGAUAGCAAUAGGAGCGACGAGAACUCCACAGAAGUGACGCCAUUUUCAUCCCCCGUGCGUUCCCUAGACCGGGAUUCGAAUCCCGAAGUGCCUCAAUCUAGCUUAAGUAAUACCUGUGAUAGUAAUUUAAGGGAGGAAGAUGAUGUAGUCUGCGCGAACGAAGUUAGACAGAGAGAUGUAGACAACGAAAAUGUUGCUCAAGACUGUGAUACGAUCUCUAGUCAAAACGACCAAUCGGAGAACGCUGAAGCGAACCAAUCAGAAAACGCGGAAGCGGGCCAAUCGGAGAAUGCCGAAGCAAACCAAUCGGAGAACGCGGAAGCGAACCAAUCAGAGAACCCUGAAGGGAACCAAUUAGAUGUUGAUAAUGGCGAAGCUAGUGGAAGUAGUGUAGCACCUGACCAAUCAGAAGCGAAACCUGAUACAGAAAAUGAAGAAACUGCUGAAAAUGCAGAGAGCGCAGAAGGCGAAAGAGCGAAUACGGAAACGGACGAAAGAGACUCAAACGUAGAAGCUACCGCUACAAGCGUAGAAGGAACUGAAAACGCCGAAGUAGAAACAAGGAGAGUGGAUGAAAGAGACGCAGAUAGCAUAGAGAUAGAGAUAGAAGAGGCACUGACGUUUGAUGAGAAUCACUUCAGUACGCCGACUGGGGGCACCACGCCAGAGAGAGGGGCGUCGCGGCGACGAAUGACUAGCAGUUCUAUGGAUGAUACUGAGGACGAAACUGAUAACCAGUCUACGGACAGCACGAGAAGUACCGCCAGCAGUCAACAGAGCCAGAAUAUACCCAAUAGUGAUGGUUUACCACAAGGCUGGAGUAUGCAGCGUGCGCCCAAUGGCAGGAUAUUCUUCAUCGACCACAACCAGAAGACCACCACCUGGAUAGACCCCAGAACAGGGUGCGCAUCUCAUCUACCAGCGGUGGCGGCCGCGGGAGCGGAAGCGGACGAGUUAGGGGCCCUACCGGAAGGUUGGGAGGAGCGAGUACAUACCGAUGGACGGAUCUUCUUCAUCGACCACAAUACCCGAACAACGCAGUGGGAGGACCCUAGACUGUCCAACCCACAAAUUGCGGGACCCGCCGUGCCUUACUCCAGGGACUACAAGCGCAAAUACGAGUACCUGAAAAGUCAAUUACGCAAACCGAGCAACGUCCCCAACAAGUUCGAGAUCAAGGUCCGAAGAAACUCCAUCCUCGAGGACUCGUACCGCAUCAUCAGUUCAGUCAGCAGACUCGACCUGCUGAAGACCAAGCUGUGGGUCGAGUUCGAGUCCGAAGUCGGCCUGGACUACGGCGGCCUAGCCCGAGAAUGGUUCUUCCUCCUCUCGAAAGAGAUGUUCAACCCCUACUACGGUCUCUUCGAAUACUCCGCCAUGGACAACUACACCCUUCAAAUAAACCCCAACAGCGGGGUGUGCAACGAGGAACAUCUCAACUACUUCAAGUUUAUUGGGAGAGUCGCUGGCAUGGCGGUGUAUCAUGGGAAACUGUUAGACGCGUUCUUCAUCCGUCCAUUCUACAAGAUGAUGGUAGGCAAGACCAUUGAACUGCAAGACAUGGAAUCCGUGGACCUCGAGUACUACAACUCGCUCAUGUGGAUCAAGGAAAACGACCCAUCAGAAUUGUACCUAACGUUCUCCGUAGACGAAGAACAGUUCGGUAAAACCAUCCAGCGUGAACUGAAGCCAGGGGGCGCCAACAUCUCCGUCGACAACGACAACAAGGACGAAUACAUCAAAUUGGUGAUCGAAUGGCGCUUCGUGAGCCGCGUCCAAGAGCAGAUGUACGCGUUCCUCGACGGCCUCGGGGGUCUGGUGCCGCUCCCGCUGCUCAAGAUCUUCGACGAGCACGAGCUGGAGCUGCUGCUGUGCGGCAUCCAGCACAUCGACGUGCGCGACUGGCGCGCCAACACCCUCUACAAGGGCGACUACCACGCCAACCAUCUCGUGGUGCAGUGGUUCUGGAGGGUAGUGCUGUCUUUCUCCAACGAGAUGCGUUCGCGACUACUACAGUUCGUGACGGGUACCUCCCGAGUGCCUAUGAACGGCUUCAAAGAAUUAUACGGGUCCAACGGACCCCAGCUCUUCACUAUCGAGAAGUGGGGAGCGCCUGACAACUACCCCCGGGCUCAUACAUGUUUCAACCGCAUCGACCUGCCCCCAUACGAGAGCUACCAGCAGCUGCGCGAGAAGCUCGUCAAGGCCAUCGAAGGCUCCCAAGGCUUUGCCGGCGUCGACUAAACCCCACAACAUAACGGCACUGUUGAAAGACAUAACACGACUGUCACAUGUCACCUCAACACGACUGUUACAUGUCACCUCAACACGACUGUUACAUGUCACCUCAACUCAACACGACUGUCACAUGUCACCUCAACACGACUGUCACAGGUCACCUCAACACGACUGUAACAUGUCACCUCAACACGACUGUCACAUGUCACCUCAACACGACUAUCACAUGUCACCUCAAAUCAACACGACUGUUACAUGCCACCUCAACACGACUGUCACAUGUCACCUCAACACGACUAUCACAUGUCACCUCAAAUCAACACGACUGUUACAUGCCACCUCAACACGACUGUCACAUGUCACCUCAAAUCAACACGACUGUUACAUGUCACCUCAACUCAACACGACUGUUACAUGCCACCUCAACACGACUGUUACAUGUCACCUCGGCACGAUUGUCACAUGUCACCUCAACACGACUACCACAUGUCACCUCAACACGACUGUCACGUCACCUCAACACUACUGUUACAUGUCACCUCUGAAUGGUUACUAUUCGGUAUUUAAGUUCAAUCAAAAUAUCAAUUACGAGUAAAGCCUGACCAGGAAUAUAUGAUCACGCGCCAUGUUGCGGAAUUUCACUGGAACUAAUAUUUUCGUACUAUACUGAACUGUCACCCUAUACAUGAGAAUAACAGUGCCCUCUUGACAAUGAUCAUAUAUUACUAGGGCAUGCUCCCGGGAAUACCCGGUUCUCAUAUUCCCGGGAAUCCCCGGGAAUUUUACAGUGUCAAAAGAACCGGUACUGAAGACCCGGUACCGGUACUUCCCGGUUCUCAUCAUAUGACUAUUUAUUCCCAUUUCAAUAGUAGUAAUGUUUUAGUACUUUAGCUCGAGACAUUAAUAUAACAUUUAAUAAUGGUGCUAUGAAACGGGGGACCCACAUAACCCGACAAACUAACCUAGUAAAGUAGACAUUCGUGCAGACAGGCCGUGCCGUCAUAGUGCUGAGUGCAUCAACUACGCUACAGCCGUGUGGCUCGGCCCAGGCAAAGGCAAAGUGUGCCGGUUAAUUUCGUAAAAUAGGUUGGAACGCCAAUUAAGUGUUUGUUUAUAAUAAAGUAAGUCAUUUAUUCAUUCUUAUGCAAUUAUUUGUAUGAAAAUAAGUCAUUCAUAAAGAUUGUACACUAACACAAACAAUUUCUUAAAAGUAAUCAAAAGAUGCAUUGAGAACCGGGAAGAACCGGGAAUCCCGGUUCCGGCCAUGCUCAGAACCGGGAAACGAAAUUCUUGGUACCGGGACCGGUACUGCAUGCCCUAUAUAUUACUGGGCAGGCUAUAACUGAGUGUGACUGCCAUAUUUUCUGGAUGAUAUCUAUUAAAGGAAGGACUUAUACGUUCAAAUAAAAAUCAAUACUGGCAGGGUUUUGCUGGUGUUGAUUAAACCCCACAACAUAACGGCCCUGUUGAAAAGCAGAACACGACUGUCACAUGUCACCUCUGAAGGGCACUAUUUGGUAUCUAAGUUUAAACAUAAUAUCAAUAAACUGAGGGCCCGCAGGAUUUUGCUGGUGUUGAUUAAACGCCACAACAUAACGGCACUAUUGAAAAGCAGAACACGACUGUCACAUGUCACCUCUGAAGGGCACUAUUUGGUAUCUAAGUUUAAACAUAAUAUCAAUAAACUGAGGGCGCGCAGGAUUUGGCUGGUGUUGACUAAAACCCACAACAUAACGGCACUGUUGAAAGGCAUAACACGUCACAUGUCACCUCUGAAGGGCACUAUUUGGUAUCUAAGUUUAAACAUAAUAUCAAUAAACUGAGGGCCCGCAGGAUUUGGCUGGUGUUGACUAAAACCCACAACAUAACGGCACUGUUGAAAAGCAGAACACGACUGUCACAUGUCACCUCUGAAGGGCACUAUUUGGUAUCUAAGUUUAAACAUAAUAUCAAUAAACUGAGGGCCCGCAGGAUUUUGCUGGUGUUGAUUAAAUCCCACAACAUAACGGCACUGUUGAAAGGCAUAACACGUCACAUGUCACCUAUGAAGGGCACUAUUCGGUAUUUAAGUUUUAACAAAGUCAAUUAGGACUGUUCUACGUUUAAACAAAUCAUCAUCAUUAUACAUCAUACUUGUAUUACUAAGUUGGCAUAGAUGUCCCGUAGGGGCACUUGCCCAACCGACUUUAUAGCCAUUUAAGUGCCAUCACAUAUAACUAAAUACAGUGAUGUCAGGAACUAUUUAUUAACUAUGCCACUUUAGGCACCUGACGACGACGUGAAAGUGACUAGCGAUCGAAUAUAUGUGUGAAUGAGUUACGGUAAUUCGUCGAUUACUUUCCACUGUUUAAUAACUGGCCACCUUAUACUUAAAAAUGAAUUCUAUUCACCUAUAAACAGAAUUUAUUUUAGUAUAAAGAGGCUAGUUACUGAAGGGUGGCCAAUUAUUAACCGGUGUGGCCACCUUAUACUUAAAAAUGAAUUCUUUUCACCUAUAAACAGAAUUCAUUUUAAUAUAAGGUGGCUAGUUAUUGAAGGGUGGCCAGUUAUUAACCGGUGGCCAGUAAUGGACGAUUUACCCUGCAUUUACUGUUUACACUACCUGAAAAAAGAUUUACUCGCUUUACGAUUGUCAUCGGCGGUAGGACUGUUGCCUUAUCAUAAUGACUAUGACUUGUACUAGAGUCUGGCUGGCCAAAAAUUGUUGACAGAUAUUUCGUUGUUGUAUCACCAAUUGUCUAUGAUUUAAAAAAAAGCUAAAAGUCAGUUGUCAAUUUAUGUCAUUCAUUCAAAUUGUUUGUGGUUUAUAAGGGGUUUAUUUUAAAUAAUAUGAAUAAUGUGAAUACUGAGUGUGGUUCGCAAACUAUUAUUUAAGUUCGUACAUAAUUACGACAAUGUGCGAAGUCGACGUAGCGUUGUAUAACGAAAAACUGCAAUGUUUACAACUCCUAAGCAAAUGUAAACAAAUUAGGAGGUUGGUGCUCUAUAAAUAUUUUGAUACUUAGCAUUUAGCAUAUUUGGCAAUACUUAUGUAUUUUUUUUCGUGAUUGAUUAAUAUUCCGGUAUUAUCGAGCUAGGUCUUAUUUACACUACAUUUCAUUUUUCGCCUUGUUACAAUGGUAUAUGGUGAGAAAGUGUUAACAUAUGUGUUUAUCGUCGACUGUACUUUACAUAGUGAUAGAAAUUAUAUGAGCUGACUUUGAGUGCACGUCAACGUAUAUUUAACUUAUAUCCUUAGGUACCUUACGUGUGCACAGAAAAUCAAAAAUAUGUUCUAGUAUCAAAACUAUAAUUCCUACUACACAAAGUGUGACCAGCCCAAGAUAUUUUGAAUUUCCCGCCAAACAUUUGUGUAAUAUUUCAGUAGCCAGACUCUAUGUAUGACCAUACUUUUACAUUAAAUGUACAAAAAGAAUCACGGCGGUUUUUAAAAAAUAAGAAAAAUAGUGAAACGGCGUCUUAUAAGACUGUCUCACUCUAACAUUAACAGUUUAAGCGAGGUCAUUGACAUCAAUACUACGUACCAAUAACAAAUUACUUUAAGCAUCGGACCUCUCGCUCUUAUACGAGCUUUGACAUGAGUGCACAUAGCCAGCUAGAUAGCAUUAUAACUAAAGUUUUAAGUUUUAUUAAAUUGUAUACCUCGUUUUACUAUAGGCAAAGAUACAUUGAUUGAGUAAGAUGUGUAAAAUGUAAGACAAUUUCGGGCUUCGAAUAUCACAGGUAGAUGGCGCUGUAAUGGUGCAUACCUUUUGCGGUAACUCUGAUUGUCAAAAGUAGACGUUUGACAAUGAGGUUUUCUGCGAUCGAGAUUUUCACUAGAUGGCAGCACCGUGACGAGAGGUCUUUUUGACAGCUGCUGUCAAAAUCCACCAAUAAAAAAAACAUGGUUAAACAUGCUUGGUGGAUUAUGACAGCUAGAUCUCUCGCCACGGUACUGUCAUCUAGUGAAAAACUCGAUCGCGGAAACCCUCAUUCAGUGACCACAAAACAUAUGGCGCAGUACAGCGCCAUCUGUGAUAAAGUGAUAAGGUGAUAAAGUGUACGGUAGUAUAAAAGUACUGAUGUGCCGACAAAGUUCUACAUGGAUAAGACAUGCCUCGGUGUACACCCCUGAGAUUCCUCCCAGGAAAGGUGUACGUAGGCCGAGGCAUGUCUUAUUAGACCCGGAUGACGAUAUAACUUUAGCCCAAAACCGUGAAAUAGGAAUCAAAAAAUCACUCAGAAACCAGGCCUCAAAUAGCACCAAUAGUAAUAGGGAAUAUUAGGCAAAGCUCUGCGUAGGUGGCACCUUUGUGGCACAUACAGUAAACAAACCACAUUGACACAUGGCCUACCGCGAAACAAGAAAAUCGAAAUUUCGUUAUCUAAUCUCUCUAUCACUCUUGCAAAUUCGAGCGAUAAAGAGGCAGAUAACUAAAUUUAGAUUUUCGCGUUUACCGGUAGGCCCUUGUUAACAAACCGCCUUGAUGCAUCAAUGUCAUAUUUUAUUGUCUGUCAAAACUUGUCAAAAAACAGUUUAAGGCACAGUAUGUAUAAGUUAGUCUAUGAAUCGGUAGUGCUGCACUCUGGCGGCAGAACAUUUCAGUAAUAUCCCCUAUUCAAAAAGGAAAAAAGCACACUCCUAAAAUAAAAGAAAAUAAUAAAUUCAUAGUCACAAACGGUCAAUAACACACAGGGCCCUCCGCCCUAGGGAACUUUUUAAUUGUAUAAAAGCACCACAACACUACUAUUUUAGUUUAUAUAGCGUCACUAAUUAGCUAAAAAAAUACUGUAAACUUCUCUUCUCUAUACUUUAAUCUAUAAUCUUUUACUUCUAUCUAUCUCUUUCCCUCUAUUUUCUUCUUGGCAGUGCCGCGGCACUGACCCCUGUCAUGGUAUAAGCUGUUACUGGCCCCUGGUGAGGCCAAACAGUAUUAGCCAAAUAUAAAAAAAAAGGUCUACAUGGUUCAAUUCGGACAAAUCGUAAAUUAAAAGAGUAUGUAUACAAAAUAUUGAUCAAAGCAAUAGUUGUACAGUCGCCAUCAGAUAUAUCGGAGCGGCCAAGGUGUUCACAAUAUCUGAACACGCGCUCUAACGCCCUGACAAUAGAGGCGUGUUCCGAUAUUUGUGAGCACCUUGGCCGCUCCGAUAUAUCUGAUGGCGACUGUACAGUAGGCUGAGCACAUGAUUGGCGCGACAGUAUCUCGCGGUGAGAUAGACUACCAGUCUUUUUCUACGAGUAUGUUUAUAAAAACUAAACCUUAACCCUUUAUAAGGCAUACGGGUGUCAGGAAUUAUUCAAAAUUGAACCCUAACGCUUUAAAAUAAAGUUCAGAAUCAGGUGGGAAAUAUAUGCCCUCUGCCUUAUAAAGGCUUAAAACCUCAGUAUCCUAACUGAAUAGUACCAGUCCUUGGCAUCUAUUUCUGUAGGAGUGUCACUUAAAAUAUUGAAGGUGCCGAUUGGUGGGGUGCCAACAAUAGGCCAGUUUACGUUAUGUUUCAUAGAUCCAAAUAGUCCUAAGCAAUAUGAUUUGGGGCCUUAAUCACGUCGAUCUUAUGACACUUAAGAAGAUCUUAAGAAAUGAGUACAGAUGUGAUCGAGUUGUGGAAAGUUUGCAAAAAUUUAGAAGUUUCCGGAUACUGGAAAGUGUCCGUUUUGGAAUUUUUUGUCAAAUUUUCGUCGGCACAUCAAUAGAAAUGAGACAUUUGAAAGUUACGUCACGUUACGACUUAGCUUAUGACUUAUAAGUUUCCGCGGAGAAUUUAGUCGCUUUAAAGGACCAUGGGCAACUUUGUAUGGAGCCUGGACCCAACGCCAACAGAAAUGAGAGUAAGGUCAUUAGAUAGGUAUUUCUAUGUACUUCAUUUUGUUCUAUGGGCACCAAGCGGAAUUCCAUUGCAGAACUGAGAUAUUGGUAGUUUAGCCAAAAUGUCGUCACCCUUAUUACCUAGGCAAUAGAGACUGAGUAAGUAAACUAAUUGCUGCAGGGUAGAUGUUCGCGCACCGCCGGGCGAGCACACCGAAUGAUUUGCCGCGCUCGCCCGGCGGUGGACUCUAUUGCCUAGGUAAUAACGACGACAUUUUGACUAAAAUACCAAUUACUCGGUUCUGCAAUGGAAUUCCGCUUGGUGCCCAUAGAACGAAAUAAAGUACAGAGAAAUACCUAUCUAAUGACCUAACUCUCAACUCUUGGUUGUGAGGCAAUUUUGACGCAUAGUCCUUUGUUUAAAUAAUUCCAAUGCCUUGAUAUAGCAUGUAAUUGUAACAUAAGUUAGAUUUAGAUAAGGUACUAUAUUCUUGACUUGUCACUUAAAUAUUACUAUGUUAUUACAUAUUUUGCGUCCUCUUUUAGAUUUGAGAUCGUUUAUGCUUUUUAGAUAUAUAUGAAUAUAUUUUCAUAUUAAAUUAAAAAAAAACAAUGUACAUAUUCUGUAUAAGGUGUAAAAAAUUGCUUUGGAUUUUUUUAGGUUCCCGUUUUUGAUUUUUCCAUGAAAUGGACGAAAUGAUGUAAAAAAAACUAGUAUAGUGAGCAAUUAUUUACACCCUGUAUCAUAUUAAUCUACUAAGUCAAUAAGAUAUGUUUAUUAUAUCGAUGAUUACUUAAUUAUUAUUAUAUUAUAAUGCUUGUGGAUUCUUUACAAGUAUUUUGUUAUGGAUAUGUCAGGAGAAUAUAAUGCAAAGAUUCACUGAUUAGGGUAAUUUGCCAGUAACUGGUCACUGUUAGUAAUUGGCCACCCUAAACUAAAAAUGAAUUCUAUUCACAUAUAAACAGAAUUCAUUUUAGUAUAAGGCGGCUAGUUAUUGAAGGCUGGCCAGUUAUUGAAACCUUAUACUAAAAUGAAAUCUGUUUAUAGGUGAAUAGAAUUCGUUUUUAGUUUAGGGUGGCCAAUUACUAACAGUGGCCAGUUACUGGCGAAUUACCCUGCAUAGGGUAAAUCGUCAAUUACUGGCUUCAUUUUUAGUAUAAGGUGGCCAGUUAUUAAACAGUGGCCAGUAAUUGAUUAUUUACAGAUGUAGUGUAUAAUUAUUUUCCAUCGUAUUUUCACGGAAACGUACGAUCCUGUCUUGCUAUUUCAGUCAGCUUCGGUACAAAAAGCACUGAGGUUGAUUGAAGUAGCAUGACAAAUACGAACAUUUCCGAGAAAAUACGAUGGAAAACUAUGCACUACAUCUGUACCCUAAGAUGAGUAUUCUAAGGCAAAUUCGCGCUUCCAAUUUGGCCGCUAAUGGAUAUGGCGCUGUAACGCACAUAUGCGGUGAUUCUGGUUGUCAAAAGUCCCUAUAGAUAUUGACAAUUCAGUGACUACGAAAUACAGCGCCAUCUGGUUGAGCUAUCAUACUGUGGGGCACGAUUCUCCUUAGACCGAACAUCUAUGCAGUCAGUUCUUUGCGUUAUAGGGUUUUAUCAUACUAAUCGAUUGCCGUCCUGUCGAACAUGCAAAAUAAAAUCAAACACCGAUAAAAAUGGUCACUUUGUGACAAAUUUGUUCACACAGUGGCCCAUUUUCAUUGCCCUUGAGUGUAGGACGACGUUUAAUUCGAUUAGUAUGGUCUAAGGUGAGAUUUUAUAUGACUUUUAAAGCUAUUUAUGUCACGAAACACGUCUUUAAAUCUAUAGUGCACUGAGUCGAAUUUCCGUUGUCAAAAGUAUCUUAAUGUUUUUAAAAUAAUUUUUUUUCCAUCUGUUUAAUUACUUCAAGUAUUCAGAAUGCACGUAUGACGUACAGUCACCUUCAAUAAUAUGUUACUCUUCGAAGGCCGCAAAAAUAUGUGACACGCUCCUAUGGCUCUACAAAUAAGAUCGUGUCAGAUAUUUUUACGGCCUUCGUUAUGUUAGAUAUUAUUGCAGGUGAAUGUACAGAAACACAAUGAUGGAAAAAGUAAAGAAUAAAAUUGUUGAAUCAUUAAGUUGGACUGUGUACGUUUACUUAACCGAUUUAGCGCUAAUAAUGUCACGCUGUAGUUUUGCCUCUACGAAGCAUUUUCGCUACAUACCGGGAAAUCCAUGUUAACACAUUCACUGGGCUACGGUCGUAGCCGAUAACAUGGAUUUCCCGGUAUGUAGCGAAAAUGCUUAGUAGAAGCUUAACGACACCGUGUCGUGAUUAGCGCGGAAGGGUUAAUAAAACGUACAACGUCGAUCGAUAAAUUUUUAACCUUUUGAACGCCACAGAACGCCAAAAUCGUGACAACGACGCCAAAGACGGCAUUUGACGUCGAUCGUUUUUUGAUGAAAAUCUGAAAAACACCCCACUUUUAGGUUGGCAUUAUUUAUUCACAAAACUAAAUUUUACCCCCGUGGCGUCAGUGGCACGGCAAAUGGAUGCGCCGUUUGGCGUUCAAAAGGUUAAUCGUUAUGUCGACAUUACAGAAUGUUUCGAUGGGUGAUUGACGUGUUAAUAGUAUUUACUAUAAUUGAAUCACGUCAUAUUAAUAUAAAAGGAGCAAUGUAGCCAAGAUGACAAUCGCUUACCUACAAACGCCAAUCGAAAAGUAAAAACGUAUUGUAAAACAAUCACGUGACCAUUUCCAUAAAUUCAUUAUUUAGGUCUCCGUGCCUUCGCAUGAACCACAUUAUGAGAUAACACCCUUGUAACUCAGCCCUAAUCAAGCGAAUUCAUCAACUAGUAGCGCCAUCUAUCGCGCCACUCAAGUAUUAACGUCGCCCGGUUGCUAGCGCUCGGCUGCUUUCUCUUCAGUACGCUUUUGUAAUUCAGCCGAGCAACACGUUUACAGAUUACAGAGCAAGUUUAAAAAGAUCGAGAAACUCUAAACGAAAAGUAAAAACGUAUUGGAAAACAGUCACGUGACCAUUUCCAUAAAUUAUUCAUUUUAAGCGUCAAUUAGCGUUUUAUCCAAACGAUUGUCACUUGUCUAGGCCCCAGUAGGCGCCUAUUUCACCACGCUGACAAUUGACAUCUGAAACUGACAAUUGUCUGUCCCAUCUUCGGGCCGAAAAGUAACGACGGUCAAUAUUUAAUUGUUGGACCAGCAAUGUAUGUACACUGGCGUUCAAAAGUGCAUGGACAUGUUUCAACCGUAAUAUUAAGGCAUUACGGUCGACAUCCAUCCAUGCACUUUUGACCGCAGUGGCGUACAGUAGUACGGGGAAUUGUCGUUGUUAGGUGACAAUUGUCAAAAUAUUGAAACAGGGGCCAUGUCAGUGCACUGAGCGUACUAUUUAAGUUCGGCAAUAAGUUAUGGAAAGCAAUGAACAAUCAAUGAGGUUGCUGUUAUAAUAAUGUUUUUAUCUUAUAUGAAUAUUAUCCUGUAAAUAGUAUAAAAACGAUUGAAAAAUUCAUGCAAAUAAAAAGUUAUCAAUUAA